CCCAGAGGACAUUUCCUUGCUUUUCAGUCUCCUUCAUGGGGAUCUGGUUGCUCUUCCACCAUAGGGUUAAAAAAGAUGCUUUUGUUCUCAACCUCAAAAUUCCCUGGAAUUUUCUUCAGGGACCGUUCAGCCCCAUAAAAGGGGGCCGGUGGAGACUGGGAGAAUUCGGGAGAGGGCUGUGAAGGGUCUGACUGACAGCACCAUGAAAGUCUUCCCUUUCGGCUUCCCUGUUCUCCUGGUUUUCAUCCUGAGUGUCCAUCCUGGAACUGCCAUGCGUGGAAGUGAUGUAGCCAAGUUCUGCUGCUUGCAGUACAGCCGCAAGAUCCUUCCCUGGAACUGGGUGCAAACCUAUGAAUACACCAAGAACAGCUGCUCCCAGCAGGCUGUGAUAUUCACUACUAAAAGAGGCCACAAAGUCUGUGCACAGCUGAAGGAAAAAUGGGUACAGAAGUACAUUUCUUUACUGAAAGCCCAGAACCAACUGUGACCACCAAAAUUUCAUCCCAACACCACCUGGAACCUGCCUUGGCCCUGCUGCCCCUAGUGAAUCUAGAGAAUUUUUUCAAUACAAGGCCCCAUGGGUCUGGAGGAGAGGAGAGGGAAUUUUCCAUCAGAGUUUUUUUUUUAAUGAAAAUUUUUAAAAAAUAAAGAUUUGAUUUGCUCAUAAACAUU